GGACCAACGGGACCGGGAGGAGCUAUUUCUGGGUGUUGUGAAUUCGUUUAGUGAAGAAAUCUGUGAGUGGGAGUUGUCGGGACCGAUUUGUUGUGCGUUUUAUCCUUCUAUUCGUACCGAUUAUCACCGCGUCCAGCCGCAGCCAUGCCCGGGAUAGAGAAGCUGCCGAUAGAGGAGACUCUGGAGGACAGUCCUCAGACGCGAUCUCUGCUGGGAGUGUUUGAGGAGGACACUGCAGCGAUGUCCAACUACUGCACACAGCUCUAUCAGGCCAUGCAGAGGAUUUAUGAUGCACAGAAUGAGCUCAGUGCUGCGACACACCUGACCUCCAGACUGCUGAAAGAGUACGACAAACAGCGUUUUCCUCUAGGUGGCGAUGACGAGGUGAUGAGCUCCACUCUGCAGCAGUUUGCAAAAGUCAUCGAUGAGUUGAGUUCCUGUCAUGCUGUCUUGUCCACCCAGCUUGCAGAUGCCAUGAUGUUUCCCAUCACUCAGUUUAAAGAGAGAGACCUGAAGGAGAUCCUCACUCUGAAAGAAGUCUUCCAAAUAUCCAGUGAUGAUCACGACGUAGCCAAUAACCGAUACAGCCGCCUGUCCAAGAGGAGGGACAACGACAAGUUGCGGGCGGAGGCUGUGGAGGACGUCUACACCUCCCGCAAGAAACAGCACCAGACCAUGAUGCACUACUUCUGCUCGCUUAACACUCUGCAGUACAAGAAGAAGACAGCUCUGCUGGAGCCGCUGCUGGGCUACAUGCAGGCCCAGAUCAGUUUCUUUAAGCUGGGAUCAGAAAAUCUCACCCAGCAGUGGGAGGAGUUCCUGGGAACCAUAGGAACCAGCGUCCAGAAUGUGCGUCGGGAGAUGGAAGUGGAGGUCGGGCAGAUGCAGGAGACCAUUCUGGAGAUGGAGAGAACAUGUGACCCCCUGUAUGCACCGUGUGAUCCUGACCCCGCCCACUCACCUGUCUGUCGCAACCUGACCAGGAAACAGGGCUACCUGUACAUCCGAAAUAAGACGGGGCUGGUGUCGUCGUCCUGGGAGCGUCAGUACUUCUUCACGCAGGGCGGUAAUCUGAUGCAGCAGGGCCGCGGCGAGGUGGCGGGCGGGCUGGUUACAGACCUAGACAACUGCUCCGUCAUGGCGGUCGACUCUGACGACCGCCGCUUCUGCUUACAGGUCACGUCCUUCGAUGGCAAGAAAGUGGUGACGCUGCAGUCGGAGAGCAGGAAGGACUGCGAGGAGUGGAUCUCCACCAUCAACAACAUCUCCAAAAGGAUCUACCUGAGUGAGAACGCCGAGGAGCUGGCAGCCAGAGUGAACCAAUCAGCUCUUGAAGCUGUGACGCCGUCGCCAUCCUUCCAGCAGAGACACGAGAGCAUGAGGCCCAGCAGUAAAGGGCGUGUGGGCCGAGCGAGCAGCAUCAGCUCUGUGGGCUCCGAGCCGUCGCCUGCCCUCUCUGUGCUCUCAUUGGAUGCCCUGGUUGCCCCGGAAACACCUAUCCAGUUUGACAUCAUUUCCCCCGUCAGUGAGGAGAACUCAGGACAGAGCAAGACGGCAGCACAGUCUGGCAGAAGGAGUAACCCAUUUGGAGAGUCAGGAGACAGCACAUCAGAAGACAGCGAAGACUCGAUCCUCCACCAGCUCUUCAUCGUUCGCUUCCUGGGCUCCAUGGAGGUGAAGAAUGCUGAGUCAGCGGACGUCAUCUCUGAGACCAUGAGGCAGAUCCUGGCAGCCAGAGCCAUCCACAACAUCUUCAGGAUGACCGAAUCACACCUGCUGGUCACCUGUGACUGCCUCAAGCUCAUUGAUCCUCAGACACAAGUCACUCGACUCAGGUUCCCUCUCUCCAGUGUGGUUCAGUGUUCGUCCCAUCAGGACAACAAGAGGCUGUUUGGUUUCGUUUUGCAGUCGGCAGGCGAAGAGGGCGACAGCCGAGCCGUCUGCUACAUCUUUGAGUCCAACAACGACGGAGAGAAGAUCUGCGACAGCGUUGGUCUGGCCAAGCAGAUAGCCUUCCACUCUGAGAUGGACCGUAAGGCCGUGGAGAAGAGGAAGGAGAACGACAAGGCCAAAGAGAAACAGCAGGAAGAACUCAGCAAACAGAGACAGAUAGAGAAGGAUCUGGAGGAGCAGAGCCGUUUGAUCGCCGCCUCGAGUCGCCCCCCUAACCCACCUGCCGCUGAUGGACAAUUCCUAGUGCUUAGCAACAGCCAAUCAGAGGACAGCGAUGCCGGGGAGGAGGGGAAGAAGAAAGGCGAGUCUGAAGCCUAACAAAGCUAACGGAGGAUGCAUGUUUUAGCACCCAGGCGAGUCCCAGCUGGUACUGUCAAAGCUCAGGAAUCAGAGGAGGGGAACACCAAACGCCCACCCGCCCGGGCUGCCUGGGACACAGAAACAUGUGCUCCCUCUCUUGCUGGACUCUGUUCGUAGGUUGUGGUGGAGCCGGUCACUCUGAGAACGGAGGAUAAACUAAACGCACCCUCACUAUAAGAGGAGGAGGGGAAACGUCUCGUCACAGACUUGUGUUUUAUUCUGUGUGUAAAAACGCUGCUUUUUUAUAAUCGGCUCCACUCUCCAGAAAAGGACGCAAAUAUCGAUUUGACCUGCAAGUUUCUGUUUUUUUAUGUUUAUUUUAUAGAGAGAGCUAACAGCAUUGACAGAGGAUUUAAAGCAAAACAACGUGAGGAAUAAUGAACAAGGAUCAGUGUCAGCUCUUUGGCAGGAGGGGAAGGUUUCCCUGAGAUCCCAGAGGGCGCAGAUACAGAUACACUGUUAUAAAACAAAAAGAGAAGACGAAGGAGGGAGAGGGAGCAGGAGUCUUAUUUUGAAGAGUCCUUCCUGUUGUACCUGACCAUUUUGUUAAGGCAUCCUGACUUUGCUUCCUUCCAGGCAGUCCCUGGUUUUCACUCAUUCAUUUCACGGCAGAAUUCAACUUGUAAAAUCUCGAAACACCAUCACAGUAGAGCUUCAAGCGAUUAGUCGAUGAAUCAAUCAGCUGAUCAACAGAAAAUUAAUCUGCAAAUAUUUUAAUAAUCGAUCACUCAUUUAUGGUAAUUUGUGGUGGGUGUGUUUGACUGAUUUCCGAUGUUGUAUAGACAAAUCGAUUAAUGAAAAAAUCGGCAGAUUAAACGAACAAUAAUAAUAAUUGUUAGUUGAGUAACACUUUAUAUGGCGCCCAUGUCAAUAAUGCAUUAUAAACAUACUUAUAAUGCAUUAUAAUAUGCUUAUAACACUGUAUAAUCAUAAUUAUAAGCACUCCUAAUGCUUUAUAACAAUAGUUAUAACACAUAAAGCAUUUUAUAAUGACUUAUAAGGUCAACUAUCAUUAUACUUCAUAAUUACUGGUCAAUAACUGACAUUAUUUUGCAAGGAUAGUGUAUUAUAAUUCCCAUAGUUGUAAUACAUUAUUAUCUUUUUAUAAUGCAUUAUAAUGUGAUUAUAAGUCACUCUAAGUGGUCAUUGUUUGCUUUGAGUGCAGUGAAAAAUAUCAAAUCUAUGCAAGAACAUUGUAUAAUACAUUUUUACUUUCUUAAAGAGAGUAACUUAUACUCAAUUAUGAUGCAUUAUAAAAAAGAUUAUAAUGUAUUACAGCUAUGCAAAUUAUAAUCCUUGCAAUAAAAAAAAAAGUAAAGAUAGAUAUCAGUGAGUGACCAGUAAUUAUGAAGUAUUAUGAUACUUGACCUUAUAAGUCAUAGGUCAUAAAGUGCUUUAUAAAGCAUUAUGAAAAUUCAAUAUUAUAAGCAGAUUAUAACACAUGAGUAUGUUUAUAAUGCAUUAUAGACAUGGCCGUCUUAUAGAAAGUGUUAGCGUUAGUUGCAGCCCUACAUCUCAGUGAACAUCAUGACUACUUUAACUGAGUGAUGAAGAGUGAUGUCAUCAUCAUUGUUGGGUAAAGCAGCUGUAUGUGUAGACUAAUUGCAAAAGUCACAUCACAACAACAGACACAUCUCUGUUUAUUGUGGAUUAAACAGAAUGCAGUGAACGCAGCGGCUGCAUGGAAGGUGAAGAGAAACACAUUCAGAGGUCUACAACAUCACCCGGUCGGCAUGGAUUUGUUGAUUUGCAGGUUAAAAGGUUUUCUAGACGUCUUCGGUUAAAAUUUGGCUGAGUUUGGUUGAAAAGAAAACUUUUUUUAGACGCUUGGUUGCCGACACGUUCUUAAAACUAAAUAACAAAAUAUCUUUGUUGCCGUUGCUUUAUCAAAUGUCUCAUAUUAACAUUACUACAACAUGAUAUAAAUACUUACAUGGAUAAAGAAAUGUUUGAAAUACAAAACAAGGAGGAAUCUCAAUUAUCCUUUUUUCCUAUUAAACUUUAAUACACAGCACUGUUGUAACAUUUAAAUUCUUUAUGAAAAUUACAAAAAUGUAGCUUUGAAUUUGACCAUUUAGGAAAACAUUUUAUUUUGGGUUAAAGUAUAGGUCAAGUAUUAAACCUACUGUGCAUUAAGCCCAGUUUGGACCAGAUGUUCGACUUAUUGACCUGGAAAUCAUUAAAUCAGUGAGUAUGUUGUGCCUUGGAAACACAGAUACUGUUGGCAGUAACUGUUGUGAUUUUAUGCAAAACCAACAUUAUUGAAGACAAAAUUAUCUGCCAGCACCACUUUUUCCCUUUGUCAUAGUAGGUAAAAUUCUGCUCCUCUGGGGUCAAAGGUCAGCUCUGCUUCAUCCACAAUGAAAAUAUUUUGAUCCCAACCCCCUUUUGGUGUUUAAGAAAAUGAGAAAAAAACACCUUCAACAACCUCCAGUGCCAAUAUUAUUUUUUAUUAUGUUUCAUAUUUCACCUUUUUCUGUAUUUGUUGAGGUAAUUGUAGAAAAACAUAGAUAUCAUUAGCCACGCUUUGCAUCUCAAGCUGUGUGUCUGCAGUGUGCAUUAGCAUGUUGUCAGGACCGGAGCCAACAUGGUUGCCACAGGAGACCUUGAAGGUGUGAAACUAGAAAAUUAGAUAUUAAACCCUUCUCAUGUGAAGAUUUAUUUUGCAAAAAAUACACGUCUGCAACUUCUGCCUCUUAUAAAAUAAAUAGUUGCAUGAAAGUAGUGCUCAUUAAUAAUAGUAAUUAUUUACUGUUUUUAGGCCACAAAAGAGCCAAAGAUGGUUCGCUCUCCUUUCUUGUCUGUCAACACAAGCACAAAUCGGAUCAAACCAUGUCCUCACUUUUACAGUGUCCAUUGUGAAAACUGACAGAAAAAAAGUUUGAGGCUCAACUUUAGUCUUCUCUGAUACGCUGGUACAUUUUAUUAAUUCAGAAAAACUUUGAAGAGAUUUAAUAUUUUUUAACACAAACUUUUUGCCAAAUAAUCAGCUGAGUCAGCAUGUUUCUUGCAUCCUGACGUCACAAUAUUUAUCUGUGCUUUUACAAAAUGUUUAUCUGUGUUUGUUUGGGGCCUUUUUCUGUUUUUCACAGGUUUUGUUCAUUCAUUAAUCUGCAUUUUAUCCACAGUGACUCUUAUAUGUAGGGAUGUCAAAGGUCAGAGGUCACAGCCUCCUGUGGGUAAGAUGUUUCUAGAAGCCUAAAAUCAACAGUUACUGAUGAUGAUUUAAUUUUUUGGGAGGAUGUUUUCUUGCUGUAACCAGGUGAAGAACUCGUGUUGAAGUGGUGCUGCACUUUACUGACGCAGGAAAACAGCAUCGAUGAUGGUGAACUGUAAAUAUGUUUCAGUGAUAAUUGUUUCAGUGUCAUGAAUAAUAAUAAUAAUAAUAAAAAAUGCUUUUCAGUGAUAAAUAAAAGCACUAACUCCA